CAGCAGCAGCAGCAAUCCUGGCUUCUCGUUGCAGUUUACCUUCUCAAAAUCAAUGAAUCUAAAGAUGGAUAUUAAGCGUGUGAAGGACUAUUUCUACUGGCUCUACUUCCAGUACCUCCUCAUCACAUGCAGCUACGUGCUGGAGCCCUGGGAGCAGUCCAUGUUCCACACCAUCACCGUGACUGUUCUUGCCAUGGUGCUCUACACCGCUUACGUCUUCAUCCCCAUCCACGUCCGCCUGGCUUUCGAGUUCUUCUCCCAGAUGUUUGGAGGCCAGCCCGAAAGUACUGUUUCCAUCAUGAACUGAACUUGCCUGCACCGCAGCGAGCARCGCUUGCAGCUUGUGAAAUGAAAAGUCUUCCUCAGUUCUGUGUAUUUAUUUGAGCUCUGAAGCAGUUUUGUGGUUAUGGAAAUACUGUAGUCUCUUACAAAACAUGGCUUGCUUAAUUGCCAUAGCUGACAAGCAGAGUAAUGCUGACUACUACACAGAGCCAGUUAAAUAAAGCACUUUUAUGAGUGAUAAUGAACCACAGCAUCCAGAAGGAAACACCUAAUAUUCAGCUGGUUCACUCUUAGAAAAAUAUUCAUGUAUGGUGAAUCCCUUGAAUGCGGGCAUGUCUGCUCUGUCACAUCUGAAACAUUUUUAAUCAUAAUGGAAGGCAGGUAUUCUAGUAUUGCAUGGUUUUUCAAAGUGUAGUUUUGCACAUCUUCUUCACUCUACUACUGGCAUAUAUGACACAGCAAAGACCGUUAAUGAUGACUGUGAGGAGGGAUAUUUAGCUUAUUAUGCACAACUGCCACCAGUGCAAUGGCAAAACAUGCUUUUUUGGACAGACUGGAGAAUGUAAGGAGCACAAAAGAAAUACAGCAUGACUGAGUACUGAUGUCUGUCUAGUAACUGACUUGUUUUUAAUGGAUGGAAGAAAUUAGAGGAGAAAGUAAUAAGMGGUAUGAACUUGUAUCGAAUUUUUAGCAUCCAAGUU